AUGGCUAUCCCUCCCAAUCCUUUGAAUAUGAAGAAGCAGACUUCCAAGAUAGCAUCUCCUUCUUCUCAAGAUAUUCUCAUCCGCGAAACGCUCCGUAUCAGUGCCGAAUUAGCCUCCACGCCUCUCCUCGAAACCACUUCUACCUCCUCCGUCAGAUUCAUCUGCUGCGAGGAAAUCGAUGGCCGGAGAUGGAAGUACGUCGCCGAUACCGAUUCCUCCGGUCAAUUCAAGAAUAAUUCCUUUCGUUCUCUCAGUUUACAAACCCCUAAGCCUCCUCUUGAUCAAUUGAUGGCGUUUGUUACAUCCUAUGUCGUUCCUGAGGCUUUUCCGGAUAGUGUUACGCCUUCGUAUGUUCCCUACAUGACUUGGAGGGCUCUCAAGCACUUUUUUGGUGGAGCAAUGGGUGUUUUCACUACUCAAACCCUUUUGAGUUCAGUUGGUGUCUCUAGAAACAGAGCCACUCCCGGGGCUGUUGCAAUCAACUGGAUUCUCAAGGAUGGAGCUGGUCGUGUGGGAAAGAUGCUUUUUGCUCGGCAAGGAAAAAAGUUUGAUUAUGAUCUCAAACAGUUGCGGUUUGCUGGUGAUCUUCUAAUGGAGUUGGGUGCUGGGGUGGAACUAGCAACUGCUGCAGCACCACAUCUAUUUCUUCCUUUGGCUUGUGCCGCUAAUGUACUCAAGAAUGUUGCUGCUGUAACAUCAACAUCAACUAGGACACCAAUUUAUAAAGCCUUUGCUAAAGGUGAAAACAUAGGGGAUGUCACUGCUAAAGGAGAAUGUGUUGGCAAUAUUGCAGACCUGUUAGGUACUGGGUUUAGCAUAAUGAUUGCCAAAAGGAAUCCGUCUCUUAUCGCCACCUUUUCCCUUCUUUCGUGUGGAUAUAUCCUUAGCUCUUAUCAAGAGGUAAAAUCUGUGGUUUUGCACACACUUAACUCCGCAAGAUUCAGUGUGGCGGUAGAGUCCUUCCUCAAGACAGGACAAGUUCCGACUUUGCGGGAGGGCAACUUGAAUGAGGAUAUAUUCAGUUUUCCGUGGAAAGAUAAACCUGUUGUCCUUGGAUCAAGAGUCAAGGACGCAUUCCAAGACCCCAGUGCUUAUGUUGCUAUAGAGCCACUGUUUGACAAGGAGAGGUACAUUGUGACAUAUAAUCCUUCAAAAUCUAAGGUUCAUGCUGUGCUCAAGGAUCAGGCAAAGUCAGACGACAUUCUAAAAGCAGCAUUUCAUGCUCAUGUGCUCUCGAGUUUUAUAAAAUCGUUGAAUAAAAGUAAAGUCUCAUCUUGGAAACAAAGUGAGGAUCUUAAUUUAAAUGUGAUGCUCUCAGUUGCUGAUCUCGAGGCUUGUGUUGCUGAUUCCUGUAAAGUUGUCACAAAUGCUUACUGGCUUUUCAAAAAUAAAGUACAUGAACAGGGCUGGACUAUGUCAGAAUCACUUCUAAAUCCUGGGCGAGCUAGGCUAUGUCAAGCUGAUAAUAGAUGA